AUGGUGGCUUCAGCUGUGGUCAGCCUCUUGGGGGCAUCGUCACAAUUUUCAGCCUUUCUCGAGGGUUUUGCAUCUCCGCCAACGACUGACAGGCCCUACAUUCGAUGGUGGUGGCCACACGGUGUCGUCGACCCAGACGAGAUCCGCGCCGAGGUAGUGCAGAUUGCCGAGGCGGGUUUUGGGGGAUUCGAGAUUGAGGAUGUUCAUCACAGUCUCGCCGAGGGAAUCGAUUAUGAGAGCACCACGCACGGCUGGGGUUCGGAGCCGUGGCUUACAGCCUUUACAGCGGCUCUGGAGGAGGCGAACAAACUCGGCCUCGGUCAUGACACUGCGUUUGGUCCCAGCUGGCCAAUGGGUUCCCAAUCUAUUGGUGCUGAUGAUGACGCAGCCGCCAAGGAGAUUGUGUUUGGAAAGUCCUUUGUCACAGCAUCGACUUUUGCCGGCCCGGUUCCCCCGCCAUUCUCAAACCCAAAAGGAAAUGUCACUAUUCAGACACUAGUCGCGGUACAGGCCUGGCGGUUGGAUCAGCGCAGCAAUUCCACGUCGAACCCAGUCUACCUCGAGUACGGCUCCAUGAUGGAUUUGACAGCUAGCGUGGUGGACGGCAAAAUUGAAUUUGACCCCCCGGACAACUCAACGUGGCUUAUAUACUCGGCCUUUGUCCGCGGUACAGGCCAACAGCCAGAGGACUAUCCACAUACCAACUCGGCAACAUAUGUUGUGGAUCAUUUCGGCACUCUGGGUUGUAAUUCUGUUCUAGACUACUGGGAUGUCAACAUACUUGCAGCGGAAGUCCAGUCACUCUUAGCAGUGGGACCAACGGCACUGUUUGAGGACUCUUUGGAAAUGGUGAGUGCCAAUUAUUGGACAACCAACUACAUGAAAGAAUUUGAACAGCGUCGUGGCUAUGACAUUAGGACUGUCCUCCCUAUUGUCACCAAGUAUAAAAACAAUGCAUACCUUUUUCUCUUCCCAGAUGAUGCAGUCCGGGAGGGAGCAUUACACGACUAUGCAGAUACACUCAGCGACCUGUACCAGGAUUACCAUGUCAAGCCGAUUAAGAAAUGGCUUGGAGAUCGCGGUUUACUGUACAGAGCACAGGUGUAUGGUAUCCUAGGUCUGGAUAGCAUGAGACUGGCAACAGGACUCGACAUCCCGGAAGGCGAGUCUCUUGGGUUCAAGGUACUCGACCAAUACAGAACACUUGCAGGAGCAACAAACAUGGCUGGCUUGAAUGUUUUGUCAAACGAGUUGGGGGCGUAUUCCAAAGGAGCGUAUGCCACGAGCUGGAGAAAGAUUCUUGGUACUGUCAAUCCAGAGUUUGCUGCUGGGGUCACUCGGAAUGUGCUCCACGGAUUUUCAUACAUUCGGGGACCCAAUGCAACAUGGCCGGGAUGGGCAGCCUUUACGCCCAUCAAUGGUGUCGUCGGGUACUCUGAAAGUUGGGGCCCUCGCCAUCCCACCUGGCUUCACGCAGGAGACUUUACCGGAUAUCUGGGCCGAACGCAGUACUUUGCACGGAUGGGUGUGGCCAAAUAUGAUUGUGCCUUCUUUCGCCAGAAUGGUCAUGCACAGGACUCGUAUGUUGGCCCGUAUUUCACGAGUGAUGGAGCAAACUUGGGCUGGACAACUACAUAUGUGGACUAUGGCGUUCUCAAUCUGCCGAAAGCGACCGUGUCUGGUCAAAGACUUGCACCAGGUGCGGGAAACUAUAGUGUUCUUGCUGUAGACGGUGACGCGCUCGCCGGGUACGCUCCAACACUCACCGUUGGCACGGCGUCUCUGCUAGAGCAUUAUGCAGAGUCUGGACUGCCUAUACUUUUGAUUGGCAACUGGUCAUCUCCUCGACCUUUUGGCCUAGGAUCCAUCAACUCGACGUCUGUGGCGACUUUUAUCAAAAAGAUGUUAAAGCUCGACAAUGUGGCAAAUGUUGACAGAAAUGAUAUCGCGUCUGGACUUGCACAACUUGGAGUUUCACCCGCGACACAAUAUGAAUCUUCACAUUUGACUCACAUCAAGCGCGAGUUUGAUGCUUUCGACAUGUACUAUUUCGUCUGUAAUUCAUCAUCGGAAGUAGUACAGCAGACAGUUUCAGUCCCUAUACGAAGCUCCCUGGUCGCGCCUGUGCAACUGGAUCCGUGGACCGGCAACGCCACCGUCUUGCCACUGUACUCCAUCACGCAAGGACGGUUGAGCUUUCCAAUACAACUCCAGUCGCUACAAUCGACCUUGAUUGCGAUAGUGCCAGUGCCUUAUGAUGUCCUUCAUGCUACAAACAUGACGGUAGAAUCACUAGCACGAGACGAAUCAGGGGAACAAUUGAUUGCUCAUAGCACCGCUGGCGGGACCUUCCAGGCACAACUACAGGAUGGUACAUUGAAAACCUUUACAAUGGAUGACCCAGGACAAGCCUUGGAACUGAGUAACUGGACAUUGGUAGUUGAUGAUUGGCAACCAGAAGAUGCGAAUGGCGACUUUACCUCUACGAAAAAGAUCCGUCAUGAACUCCAGCUACAAGCUUUGCAGCCUUGGACAUUAAUCCCUGAACUCCUCGACACCUCUGGAAACGCUACAUAUUCUGCAACAUUUUCCACAAUUACAGAAAAGAACACUACUGGUUACUAUGUAAAGUUUGCAAAAUUCAAUGGCUCAUUCCGUAUGAAACUAAACGGCAUAUCUGUUCCACCAUUGGACCAGAUGGAACUGAACUUUGAUAUAAGUAAAUGGUUGAAAAAUGGGACCAAUUUGAUUGAAGUUGAGCUAGCUUCUUCCUUAUUAAAUAGGAUGAAGGCAACUUACCCGGCUGUUUAUUCUGGGCUUUCGUCCCAGAGCUUUGGGCUGACUGGUGUUACUAUUCAACCAUUUUCCAAGGCUUAUCUAUUCUAG